AUGUCUUUAGGAAUUGAUUUCGAGCGAUAUUAAUUUGAUCGUCGAUUGAAAGACUUAUAAGAUAAAAUUUUGAGUUUAAAUUAUAGGGCUCCUUAAGAAUAAGUACCUCAAGUGUUGCCAGUAAGUGAACCUCAGUAUUUAAACAAUCAAUAUUAUCCAAAACCAAUAUAUUACUCUCCCUAACUCUUGUACGAAUAUUCUCAAAAUAAAAAUGCAUAUACACCUUAUUUUUAGUAUUAAAUCGAUAAUAAAUCCUAAAAAAAGGAAAAAGAGGAGAAAAAGAGAGUGAAAGAACUAGAAAGAAAAUAUGAAAUAUAGAAAGUCUAAGAAAAUUUGGCAAAACAAUAAGAAUUAAUGAUGGCAAGCUUAAAGAAAGAUAUUUUAGAUUAUAUAGAUCCUAUUAUUUAUGGUAAUUACAGAAGCUAUCAAAAUUAUGUUCCAUAAUAUUAAUAAUAAUAUUAAAUCCUAACUCCUUAAACUCUAAAUUAAGUACCAUUAUAUUUAUAAGCCACUAAUCCUUCUUAAGUGUUUUCAGAUGAUAAUUUAAGAAAUUCUAAAUCUUAUAGAUCAAGUUUCCAAUAAGUUGGAUAGAAUUCAUUGAACUUAUAUGAUCAUCAUCUAUCUACAAGAAUUUGA